UUCUGGUUAUCGAAUACAUGUCAAAUGAAUUCUAUGCAUCUGGAUUCUGCCCAUAGAAAUAUAAUAUAGUUAUAUUAUAUUUCUAUGAUUCUGCCCAGCGAAUUAACAAAAUAAUCUAUGUCAAAGUCUAAUUAGGUUAUAUCACCGAUUAUGAUUAUCUGUGGGUUUAUGUUCUACUGAGCUUAUCAAAUCACAAUUUUUCACGUUUUUAUUCCAUUUAAAAUUUUUCAAGUUAAUAUUUUAGGAUUUCUUUGGAAUCAACGUAAAUACAAGAAGUAGUAUCAUACAUAUUCCUCCAAAAUGAAAGUGGAGGCAAGUGAAAUAGAUGAGACUAUUAAAUGUUCCGAAUUUGGAGAGAAUUUCAAGAAUCAAGUUGAAAAAAUUGAAGAUAUUGAUAUAUCCGAACAAUUCAUUGAUGAAAAUGGCGUUCAUGACAGGACAGUAUACUUGGAAAAUAUUGACAAUGAAUCAAGAAAUUCAUCUAAAGACAAUAGUUUUCAUAAUGAUUCUUUAAAAACAGAAGAAUUUCCCCAAAUCCAUAAAGAAUCUCUCCAUUCCAAUAUGAAGCAACAUAAGUGUCACAUGUGUGAUUAUGUUGCAAAUCAGAAAGGGCAUCUCAAAUCACAUUUAGAUUCAGUUCAUUUGAAAUUGAAGGGACAUAAGUGUCACCUGUGUGAUUUUGCUACAAAAUGGAAAAUGCAUCUUAAAAGUCAUUUAGAUUCUAUUCAUUUAAACUUGAAGCAACAUAAGUGUCACCUGUGUGAUUUUGCUACCAAUCUAAAAGCGACUCUCAAAACACAUUUAGAUUCAGUUCAUUUGAAAUUGAAGGGACAUAAGUGUCACCUGUGUGAUUAUGCUGCAAAUCGGAAUGGGAAUCUUAAAAGACAUAUAGAAUCAGUUCAUUUAAAAUUGAAGGAACAUGAAUGUCAUCUGUGUGAUUAUGCUGCAAGUCGCAAAGUGCUUCUGGAGAGACAUUUAGAUUCAGUUCAUUUAAAUUUGAAGGAACAUAAAUGUCACCUGUGUGAUUAUGCUGGAAAUCUGAAAAUGGAUCUCAAGAGACAUUUAGAUUUGGUUCAUUUAAAUUUGAAGGAAUAUAAGUGCAACCUGUGCGAGUAUGCUUCAAAUCAGAAAAAUCAUGUCAAACAACAUAUAGAUGCUGUUCAUCUGAACUUGAAGAAAUAUAAGUGUGACCAAUGUGACUAUGCUACAAAUUGGAAAAUGUAUCUUAAACAACAUAUAGAUUCUGUUCAUUUAAAUUUGAAACAACAUAAAUGUUGCCUUUGUGAGUAUGCUACCAAUCAAAAAAUUUCUCUCAAACGACAUAUUGAAAUGGUUCAUUUAAAUCUCAAUAAGCAUAAGUGUAACCUGUGUGAAUACACUACAAAUCGUGUACCAUUACUUGAACAACAUAUAAAUACUGCUCAUUUGAAAACUAUGAAACAUAAGUGUCACCUGUGUGAAUAUGUAACAAAUUGGAAAAGUGAUCUCAAGCGACAUUUAAAUUCAGUUCAUUUAAAACGCAAACACGAGUCCUAAUGAUUAUUCGAAAAGAAAAAACAGUAUUUCUAUUCAAAUAUGGAACAUCUGUCACCAGUGUGAUAAUGAAUGAUAACUCCUGCCACAAUUGUUAUACUGGUAGUGUCAGUAAGUAGAAAUUCGACUUCUAAAUAGAAAAAUAAGCUACUGGAGUUUAGAAGGAACUUGAAAAUAUCUUUCUAAAUAUGAACAAAAUUACCAUAAAAUAUAUAUUCCUAUCUGCAAAAUUUGUCUUGUCACAAAAGACUAAUAAACAUAAAUAGGGAGUACAGUACAGUAUUUUUUUUUUUUUUUUAAUUAAAGAUUAAUUUCUGACUCUUAAUCAGCGGAUUUCUCCACUGGUAUCAGAGUCUAAAAUUAACAGUAAUCAUCAGAUUGUAAUAUUAUAAUUUCUAAUUCACUAUGAUAUCAUAUUAUUAAAUUGUAUAUUAUAUUGAAUGAAAUCUAUUCUUUAGAGUGAUUCUGGCAUUCUGUUAUUUAUUGUAUUGAAUUGAUUCCCAAAAUUUAAAGGGAAUAAUUUUUUUUAAAUCAUUUUAUUUUUAGUUCUUUUCCUGAUAAUUUCAUAUUAUUAUCUUAUUAAACAUUUUUUCUACGUCAUAAUCCUUUUUUUCCACCCAUUUUCCAUUUUAAAUCAAUUGUCUUGUAAUAAAUCGGAAAUCAGUUAAAGAUUCAAAAUUAGGGCCUGUGCCAUUGACUAGUUGACUACUCAGGCGAUCUCUGAUAACUAAAAUUUAUAGUUUUCUAUGGAUGUAAAUUAGCUUUAUUUUAUAGUUUAGCUGUAUCAGGAGAGAAAUUAAAUAUGCUCUCAGAAUAAGGGAAGUAAUAAAAUACAAAGUAUGACAAAGGAAGCGAUUAGGGACUAGACUAGGGAUUAGAUUGAGAGGGUUACAAUAACUACUUUGGAGAACCGGGCUUAUAGAAGAACAAUUUCCAGAAAAGUCGACAGUGUUUUUUCAAUUAGGUUUUUAUUUUCAUGAAUAGAAAGACAGAAACUUGGUAGUUGAUAAUCAGAGAAGAAGAAUCUUCCAAAAUUGGUCUGACCUUAAGAAAGAGCGAUAUUAGGUAAUCGAUAGGGAAUUAACAAAACUUUUUCGUUCAAAGCUACAAAAAAUUUUGUUUUAUGAAAAUGAGAUAAUGCAAAGUUCUAAACUCUGGGAGUGCAGGUGAACAAAUUCUUAUUGCAGGAAGUGACUAACAAAAAUCCAUAGAGUAAUAAACAUAUGUUUAAUACUCUGAGCAAAAAUCCAACCAAAAGUUGAAACCGGAAAAAUUAAAAUGUAUGAAAAAGACCACAAUAACUCUUUCCAAAAAAUAAUUAAAGAAAUUUAAACCAAUCAGUUAGUAUUAUCCAAAACCCACAAAUACAUAAACUAAUUUUAAUGAAUCCACAAAUUCCUAAAUUAUACUUCAAUCUGUUAUGAUUAUAUUCGUUAAAACUUCUUUAAAUUUUAUAACGAGUGUUCAUUUGAAUUCGUGGUCAAGAGUGCUGUGGAGAAAUUAGAGUGGGUUGUUGGAAUCAAAACAAAUGCAUCAGUUACAAGACGAUUUCCAUUCCUCUUAUUAAUGUUCUAAGCUGAAAAGCAAUGGUUAAUAACGCUGUUUCUAACAUGAUUAUUCCACCAAUCCCUUCCAACUAGUAUAGGGAGAAAUGUACCCAUGUCAGUUCAAUCUUCAGCAGAUGCGAUAGUGCGAAGCGCUAGUAUCGCAGACACACAAGUUGCGUUUGUCUCCUCAUAUCUAUGGGCCAUAUUUACAAUAAAAUAACCCAAUUGUUAUUAUUAUUAUUGAAAGUGUUACAUUAUUUGAAAAGCGUUUUGAAUAGUUCGUUUGAGUAUUCAAGAUCUAUACCAUUUUCUUUUAAUACUACAUCUUUCACUUCGUUCUCAGAUAACUUAUUGUAGUUUUAUGGAUAGGAUUUGAAAUAUAGAACCAUUAUCAUAUGUUUUCCACUUGGUGACCCCAAAGCAGUGCAAAAAUAUUUAUUAGAUACGCUAAUACCCAAUAAUUUUAAGCAAUUAAGUAAUCCAAUAAUGACAAAGUUGAAGAUUUGCUAGCA